AAACGAACGGGUCAGCCCAAUACACUGUCCAUUGGGCCUAAAGUUAAAUUAGGGUUGGAAAAAUUAUAUAUAAAACCAUCCUUUCAUCUAUAACCCUAACUCCUGUCAUUCUUGCUUGUAUUGAGCUGCUAUCCUCUCAGAAAAUGGGUGCCUACAAGUACGUUUCUGAGCUAUGGCGCAAGAAGCAGUCCGAUGUGAUGAGGUUUAUGCAGCGUGUGAGGUGCUGGGAGUAUCGUCAGCAAUCCUCCAUUGUUCGUCUCACCAGGCCUACUCGUCCUGACAAGGCUCGCCGUUUGGGGUACAAGGCCAAACAGGGAUAUGUUGUUUACCGUGUUCGUGUCCGUAGAGGUGGCAGGAAGAGGCCUGUUCCCAAAGGUAUUGUUUAUGGUAAGCCAACAAACCAGGGAGUUACCCAGUUGAAGUUUCAGAGAAGCAAGAGGUCACUUGCUGAGGAGCGUGCUGGACGAAAGCUUGGAGGUCUCAGGGUUCUCAAUUCCUACUGGGUCAACGAGGAUUCCACUUUCAAAUAUUUUGAGGUCAUUUUGGUUGAUGUCGCCCACUCUGCUAUCAGAAAUGACCCAAGAAUUAACUGGCUCGUCAACCCUGUUCACAAGCACAGAGAACUUCGUGGUCUCACUUCUGCAGGGAAAGAAAACAGAGGUUUGAGGGGCAAGGGACACAGGAACCACAAGAACCGUCCAUCCCGCAGGGCAACCUGGAAAAAGAACAACACUAUUUCUCUCCGCCGUUACCGUUGAUUGCAGCUAUUUUGUUUUGCUUAUUUUCUGAAUUUUUCGAAUGCAUUAUAUUUUCUCUGGAUAAUUUAAUUAUCAAGUUUUUGUAUUGUCAUCUGCCUAGAAACUUAUUUUGUUUGUGAAAGAAGAGAGAUAAUUGCAAUUUUCCUUGUUUGGUUA